UUGUUGGUUGUAGUACUAUGCCAUUAAUGUUUCUCUCCACUGACAUAUUACAACAUCAGCGCACACAAGAUCUGAGUAGCCUAACUGCUCCGCAGGAUGUUCUAGUUAUCACAGUGGAAAUAAAUGCUACCAUGGCAAUUCUGAUAAAGAAAUCACACCUUCUGUUCUCACUGGAGGAGACCUUAAGAGGAAUCCAGCUGUCCAGGUGUUCAUUAGGAGUCCUACUGCCGGAGAUGUAAGGUGGACCAGAAGAGACAAGCCGAGGCAAAGAGACAGAGGAGCUCACAAACUAUGCUAUUAAGUAUUCCAAAUAUUGUCUCUCUCAUCAUUUAUUUUUCUGCUCUUAUUGGCACCGUGGCAAACUUGGUUCUUAUUUUUGCUUUUGUUAGCAAUGCUGUCAAAAACAGAGUCUUCCAGCCUUUGGACAAAAUCAUUGUAAACAUGGCAGCGGUCAACCUCUUGUUGUGUUUUUACAAGGAGAUCCCCGGACUGCUCCUUUUCUUCAACGCCAAGGUUUUCGGGUCCCUGGGCUGUAAGAUUCUGCUUUAUUUUUAUCACACUCUGCGCCUGAUCAGCAUUUGGUCAGUGGAGAACUUGAGUUUCCUUCACCUCCUCAAAAUAAGGAGGCCUGGCCACCGUUGGUGGAAGUUCAUCUAUCACCAUCAAGCCCAGUACGUCAACUGGUCACUCGCCAGCUGCUGGGUCAUCAGCAUCAUCUACCAUGUCCCUUAUCUCCUCUACAAAGAGUCAUCGGGUGUUCCUAAUAAGAGCAACCCCCUGAUGACAAGUACCAACUGCAUUGGGCCAUCACAAAACAGAAUGGUGAGGAUUCUGACUUACGCCACGGUGAGUGUGGACUUUUUGCUCAUUACCCUUGUCAUUCUACUGAAUGGAUUUACCAUUGACCUUAUCUGUAGACACCGGAGACAAGUGAGGGACUCGAUGACCUUCAGCCGUGGCUGGAACAAGCACACAGCCCAGGCCACCAAGAUCUUGCUGUCUCUUCUAUCUCUUUAUGUCUUCUGCUGGAUUUCGAGUGACAUGGUUUGGCUGCUGAUUGUGUCUGGGGUGAUGGAAGAUGACUUUGGGGGCACCAUGCUCUCCGCUUCAUAUGGGAUUUUGUCCUCUAUUUACUAUUCUAUCAGCUCGUGUAUUAUGGUCUUCGGCUACCGGCAAGUGAAGGACUAUAUAGGAGAGGCCAGUAACUGCUGCCGCCUUGCAGGGAUUCCAAGAACUGUGCAAAGUAUCCAGCAGCAAUAAUCUGCAUGUGAAUACCCGUGAAAUAUGUUUAUG